AUGAUAUCUUCUAGCAGAGCGUCGAGCCCCGUGUCAUCUACACCCCAGUCUCUUGUGUUCGAUCUACCUCAGACUCCGACCAGUACCACCCCAGAGGCUGCAGCAGACGAUACAUCCCAAUGCGAGUUCCAUAUUGACUGGGGGAACAUAUGGCACUGCGGUAGAAGACUCAUUGGCGCCAAAAAGAGACCGCGUCACAGACGGGUUGUCGGCACGAAUAUGAAAGAGUCCUGGAUAUAUCGACAUGGAGCCAAUUUAGAGCACGGGGGAGUACGCUACUGGCUUUGCAGGCUCUGCCACGAAAAAAGGAGUUAUUCGACGGCUUUGUACGCCUCCUCUGGGACAGCUCAUGCCGCGAGACACCUAGUCCGUCAGCACCAGAUCGUUGAAUUUGGUGACAGGAGUCCAUGCUUGGCGACUCCGUUCACCAUAGCGGCCAAAUCCGCGUCCUCUUCUGUACGCCCUUUGCCGCGACAGACUAGUCUAGGCUUUCAGCUCGCCUCCCACUUUGACGAAAGGUCAUGGAAAUCUCGUUUCGUGGACUGGGUCAUCCUAGAGGAUGUCACCUUCCGACAAGCAUCAAGCGAGCGGCUACGGUGGUUGAUUACGAACGGCGGGGAGGUUGCGAGUCAGCUACUUCCCGAGCAUCACACAACAGUUUGUUCGUGGAUCCGUCAAGCCUUCGAAUCUCGGCGGCAGAUUAUCUUUAAUCUCGUCAAGGACGCAAAGAGUUGCGUCCACCUUAGCUUUGAUCUCUGGACUGCUUCCAACGGGUUCCACUACAUUGGCGUUCUUGGCCACUUUGUGGAUAGCCAGGGCAAAAACGUGAUGUCCUUCUUGGACUGCCGCGCCUAG